AUGGGGUCGAUGUAUCGAAGUGAAGAAAUGUGCUUAGCGCAAUUGUUCCUUCAGACUGAAGCUGCUUAUGCUUGUGUCGCUGAACUUGGGGAAUUAGGUUUGGUACAGUUCAGAGAUUUGAAUCCGGAAGUGAGUGCUUUCCAACGUAAAUUUGUUAACGAAGUUCGUAGAUGCGAUGAAAUGGAACGCAAAUUAAGAUUUUUGGAACGAGAGAUCAAGAAAGAUGCCAUUCCUUUGUUGGACACUGGUGAAAAUCCUGAUGCACCUCAGCCACGGGAAAUGAUUGAUUUAGAGGCGACCUUCGAAAAACUGGAGAAUGAGCUUCGUGAGGUGAAUCAAAAUGAAGAAAUGUUGAAAAAAAACUUCUCUGAACUUACCGAACUUAAACAUAUUUUAAGAAAAACUCAGCAGUUUUUCGAAGAGGUAUAUAUUUUGAAAUUCAAUAUUUAUUUAAUUUCCAAAAAUUAUUUAUGUAUGGAAAUUUUGUUUUUCGUUAUCAUUUUGGGUAAAAUUUAUAAUUUUUGUGCAAUUUAUGAUUUUCAGGGUACUCCUGUAAAUAAAUCGGUUUUUAUUAUAUUUUUCCAAGGUGAUCAACUUAAAACACGUGUGAAAAAAAUUUGUGAAGGGUUUCGUGCAACAUUGUAUCCAUGUCCUGAUACACCUCAAGAGAGAAGGGAAAUGUCAAUUGGUGUGAUGACACGAAUUGAAGAUUUAAAAACAGUUUUAGGACAAACGCAAGAUCAUCGUCAUCGUGUAGCGGCAUCCAAAAAUGUCCGAAUGUGGUUAACGAAAGUACGGAAAAUAAAAUCGAUAUAUUUCACGUUAAAUCUUUUCAAUUUGGAUGUUACUCAGAAAUGUUUAAUUGCUGAAUGUUGGUGUCCUGUCGCAGAUUUGGAUCGUAUACAAUUCGCUCUUAAGAGAGGAACGGUUGAAUCAGGGAGUACAGUUCCAUCAAUACUGAAUAGGAUGUCAGAUUCGACAGAAGCUCCACCUACCUUUCAUCGUAUUAGUAAAUAUACUCGAGGUUUUCAAAAUAUCGUUGAUGCAUAUGGAAUUGCUUCUUAUCGCGAAAUCAAUCCAGCUCCAUUCACAAUUAUAACGUUUCCUUUCCUUUUCGCCAUAAUGUUCGGUGACUGCGGUCAUGGAUUAGUAAUGUUUUUCGCUGCUCUAUUUUUUAUCCUUAAAGAACGGCAGUUGGAAGCGGCACGUAUCAGAGAUGAAAUAUUCCAAACUUUUUUCAAGGGGCGUUACGUGAUUUUUCUUAUGGGUUGUUUUUCGAUUUAUACAGGAAUUAUUUACAAUGACAUCUUCAGCAAGUCUAUAAAUAUUUUUGGUAGUUCAUGGCGAAAUCCUUAUUCACCUAGCGUCUUAGAUAUGCGUCAAAGUGAGGAUGUUCUUAUGUUUACACCUGAAUGGGCUUAUUAUAAUGUGUCUGCUGGUCCGUACAUAUUGGGUGUUGAUCCGAUAUGGAAUUUAGCUGAAGCAAAUAAGUUGAAUUUUCUUAAUUCAAUGAAGAUGAAAACUUCCGUUGUUAUUGGUGUCGCACAAAUGACUUUCGGCGUUUUGCUUAGCUACCAAAACUAUAAAUAUUUUGAUUCUCAUCUCGAUAUCUAUUUUACGUAUAUCCCGCAGAUGCUUUUCCUUGGAUGUAUCUUUAUCUAUUUAUGCUUGGAAAUUAUUUUCAAAUGGUUGUUAUUCUCUAGUGGUUAUGUGCUCGGUCGUUUCUAUCCAUCUUCAAAUUGCGCUCCAUCUUUACUUAUUGGGCUAAUAAAUAUGUUCAUGAUGAAAAGUCGACCAACCGGAUUCGUGAAUGAUUCUGGUGAGGUUUAUCCUCAAUGCUAUUUGAAUUUUUGGUAUCCAGGACAGUCGUUCUUCGAAACAGUUUUUGUACUGAUUGCUGUUGCUUGCGUGCCAGUUAUGUUAUUCGGCAAACCUUAUAUGCUAUGGAAGGAGCAUAAACAGAAAUUACAAAUGGGAAUGUCAAAUUUGUUUGAUUUUGGCGAUAUAAUGGUGUAUCAAGCAAUACAUACAAUCGAAUUUGUUCUUGGAUGUAUCUCUCACACAGCUUCUUAUUUACGUCUUUGGGCAUUGUCAUUAGCUCAUGCUCAAUUAUCGGAUGUAUUAUGGUCAAUGGUCUUCCGCCAUUCAUUUGCACUAGAUGGUUAUAUUGGUAUAAUCGCUACAUAUUUACUCUUUUUUGUAUUUGCAUCGCUUUCUUUCUUCAUAUUGGUUCUAAUGGAAGGUCUCAGCGCUUUUCUGCAUGCUUUGCGACUUCAUUGGGUUGAAUUCCAGAGUAAAUUUUAUAAAGGUUUGGGUCGAGCAUUCGUUCCAUUUUCAUUCGAAAAAAUAUUGGAAGAAGCUAUUGCUACUGAAGAAAUUGUUGCAUGA